CCCAACGUUUUGUUUCAGUACGACAAAUUUUAGUGCGGACUCAGUUGGCAACCUUCAUCCUGGGCGAAGAGCUGCAGCGGGUGGAGGGAUGAGCCAUUCUUCUGUGACCAGUCAGGAUUCGCAAGAAGCAAGCAAUGGUGUGGACACCUCUGACUCUUCCAAUGCAUCCAGUUUGUCAGGACCUCAUGGAUUCGCCACCCAGGGGUUAAUGUUUAGGGAUGGGGCUGAUUUAGAGCCUCAUGAGGGGUCGCCUGCCCUCUCAGAGACUCUCAAACACACACUUCACCACAUGGACUCAUGUAGAGACAAACACACACUCCAGCCACACACAGAUCACCCAGAGUCACUGGUUCAACACAUCCAAUGUGCACAUAUUCCAACUGAAGACUGCUCACACAAGGGCAUGCACUCUACUGAGACUGAGCUAUUACACGGCCGCUCUAAAAAAGAACUGGAAGAAUGGAGGGGUGAGGAGGAUGAGAGAAAGACAAGUGAUGGAGAGGUGAACAGUGUCAACAAGGAGAGAUCAAGCAAAAAGGAGACUCUUAUUUCUGUACAGCCAGUUGGUACGCUCUCAACCGAACACCCUCCCACUCGCUCAGAACAUGAUGAAUGGGCCAAUCCGGAUUCUUCAGAUGAAGUCCAGCCAGAUGCUUCCAUUUCUCCUGAUGAAGCCCCUCCCCUUGUUCCGGCCCCUCCUCCCGACCAGGCCACACCCCCUCUGCUGCCAGACCUGGACGAUUCUCCGUGCCCGGCUCACGUGAUGGCAGAGGUGCGAGUGCGGUCAGUACCAGAGCGAGAUCGAGUCGUGCGUGGCAUGCAGGACAGUAAGAGCCUUGAUGAGAUCAGUGGGGCGUGUGGGGGCGGAGCACGAGGAGGCGGGGCUAGAGGUGGACAGAUGGAAGGACGCAGGGCUACCAUAUCCAGCGCCCUCGAAUUGGAGGGAACCGUGAGCCAUGAUGGAGAUCUCACACACUUCAUCACCAAAAAUCUUGAACAGAAGAUAAAACUGAGCUCGCGGCUGAGCCUGGACACAGAUUCGGACUGUUCUGGGCCUGUGGUAUGUGGUCGUGGCUCUUUGCGUCGGCCGGCUGAUAUUCCGCCCAUUGACCCGUCAGUGCUGGUAGACCUGCACAAACACACACAGGAUGUGGCUCAGAGUGUAGAACUGAUGCUGCGAAGCCUCAAUGGAACUAUACAGAAUAUGACUGCUUUAAGUGUGGGCUAUAUCCAGACCUACAGAGAUUCUGUGGACAGUUUGGGAGAGUCAGUGGACAUGAGUAUAAAGGGAAUGUAUACACUCAUGGCACGCUGUGAGGAGCUAGAUCGGUCCAUGCAACCUAUACAUGCUCUAGCUGCUCAGAUCAGAGACAUCAAACGAACCCUUGAUGCCCUAGAAACCGUCUGCAAGUAACUGUGGCAGCAAACCACACCCCCUGUCUGAAUGGGGACUCCACCCCUUGAGAAAAACAGUGGCUCCACCUUCUGCAGUCAGGCUGCUACACACCGUGCAAUGGAACCAUUUUGCUGAUUAUAAUGUUUACUAGCAAUGCUCUGCAAGUGUCGUCCCCUUAUAGACAGCUUGUUUCUCACCCUUCCGCUUUUGGAGACCACAUCUUUAACCACCUCCUUUUAACCUGGCUCCUCCCCUUUAGAAUGUUUGCACGGCAAAAUAGACUCCUCCCUCUGAUUCAUGCCGUCCAACAUCCACAGGAAGCACUCUUUGUUGGUGGCUUUUGGGAAUCCGAUUGGUGUUACCAUUUCCCCUGUUUAUGAAGUCAGUGUGUGUAUGGAACUAUCGGUGGGUACCGUAUAUUGACAGAUUGCGUGUUAAAUGCACAUCUGUAAUGGCCUCAAAUUUAAGACAUAGAGUAGAAGUUUAACACCAAUAUUUGUCAGUAUGGAAGCCAUGCUCUGUGUAUACUUGUUCCUCCCGGACGUCUGUGUUUCUGCAGGAUGGAUGCUAUGCAUCCCAGAUCAGUUAGUUCACCUGAAACUAAAUUCCGAUAUCAUUUACUCACCUUCAUAUUGUUUGAAACCUGUAUGACCUUUCUUACAUGGAGUGCCAAAGGAGAAUUUGUGAAGACUAUGCUCACCAUAAAUCAUGAGUAACAACUUACUUUUGAAUCUGUUUCUCACACAAAGAUAUCAUAUGACUUCGGAAGAGUUGUGCACACAUCACAUGAACUACUGUUAUGAUACACCUACAUGUUUUUGAAGCUUGGAAGCUUCAGUCUACAUUAAGAGUCUCCUUUCAUUAAUUCCAUGGAAAAGAUUGGCCAGUACAUGAUAUAGAAAUAUUUUCUUUUGAAUUCUUCAGAGGAAAGAAAGUCAUACAGGUUCGAAAUGACAUGACGGUGAGUAAAUAAUGGCAGAAAUGUCAUUUUUUGGAUGAACGAUUCUUAACACAAGCACUGGAAAUAACCACCUACAAGUAUUGGACUCUUGAUAACCGUAUUGAGAGUAAUGACAAAUGUCCUGUCCUUUGUUUAACUGUGUUGUUGUCUGCAAGUGAUUAUCACAGGGAAAACCCCACAAAUCAGAGAAAUGUGAGGAGAGAUUGGAGGUGGGUGUAAAAAAAUAAAAUGAAAUACAGGAUGGAUGAAAGUUUCUUUUUGCAAAUGAUCUGAAUAUGUCUGUUCCUGUUUGAACCGUCUUUCUCUUUAUCACUGUCUUGCUAACUGAUUUGUCCAACAAUCUGCCAUCAGUGUAUAUUUUACAUUAUUAUAUAAACCAAAAUAAAUUUGCUAGAAUGAGACU